AUGAACAGACUGAACACGACCUCGGUCACGUUGGCCGUCACUCCGACAGUGGUUUCCACGCUGUUCUCUCAUUAUCUUAACCGGAAGCCACUGAAGCAAAGACCGACGGCGCAUUUAUCAUACGAUGAGGGUCUUCAUCUGAUGCGAUCGUUCUUGGAGUUUGCUUCACACCACACCGUAGAAGAGCUGCAAGCCUUCACCUCCCAAUGGGUUCCUCACCCCCAAUGGAUCAGGGUAGACGCCGUUGAAAUAUCAGAUGAAUUUCUGUCCCGAUCAGCGGAAUUAAUUCAAGCCCAACUGGGACCAGACGGCAUCGCCCAGGUCGGCGGUAAACAAUGGUGGCAAUGGAGGAAGCCAAAGUCGACCUUUGAGGCGGAAUGGAUUGAGAUGCGCUCUCAUUACAAUGCAAGAAAGGCAAUUGAUGACCCUGGAAGGCGAGUUAUGUUAUUUGUUCAUGGGGGCGCUUUCUACUUUGGAAGCGUCGAUGAGCACCGAUACCAGUUGCAGCGCCAUGCACGUAAAUUGAAAGCCAGAGUCUUUGCUCCGAGGUAUCGCCUUGCACCACAGUUUCCGUUUCCAUGUGGACUGCAAGACUGUUUAGCAGCAUAUUUGUAUUUGAUUUCAGUCCAAGACUCGAGCACGAUACUGUUGGCGGGCGAUUCUGCCGGUGGAGGGAUGGUACUGUCCAUGCUUUGCGUCUUGCGAGACCGGGGUAUUCCUCUUCCUGCUGGCGGUAUUCUCAUCAGUCCAUGGGCUGAUCUCACGCACUCAUUCCUGAGUGCUGCUGCCGAUGCUCCAUUUGAUUACAUCCCGCCGUCUGGUUUCCAUCACAAACCUUCUCGAGCUUGGCCUCCUCCAAAUGAUGACGACAUUGCCAUACUGCGAGGGGAAGCAGUCAAGCGAGCGAACAAAACGGUAGCCAGCAACAGUACAAGAGUAUCUUCUGCUAGGGCGAGUAGUUCAAAACCUACCAAUAGCGAAUCCGCAAAUACAGACAGCACGAGGGAUUCUGCGGCGAGUGCGACCCGGCCGACCAAGUCUUUGACUGUGAGUAUGGAUGGUAAAUCAGUAACUAUCAAAGACCAAAUUCAGAUAUACACGACAAAUGCCCUCAUGGACCAUCCUCUUGUCAGCCCUAUCAUGCAAACGACUUUAGGUGGACUGCCCCCGUUGUUAAUCAUGGUUGGAGGUGGCGAGAUUCUCCGCGACGAACAAGUCUAUCUGGCCCACAAAUGUGCUAAUCCCAGGAAAUAUACACGACCAGUUGAAACCCUUUCGGAAGAGGAAAUUGAGCUACUGGAAAAGUACAAGCCCACAUAUGUUCAACUGCAGGUAUGGGACGACUUGUGCCACGCUGCUCCCAUACUCAGUUUCACGAGGCCCGCCAAGUUCAUGUAUAGGUCUAUUGCUCAAUUUGGUGCUUGGGCUUUGGCUAGGGCUCAGAAAAGAGGCAUCGACAUUCUGGACGAUGAUGAUAUCUCAGUCAUUUCCAAGUCAGGUUCCGAUACAGAUGUUGCACAGAAUGCUCAGCACAGGGAAGGGGAAGAGCGACAAGCUGAACGACAAGAGCCUGGACAAGUUGGCAAAGCUGGCGACCCCUUGCCGCACUUUAUAAACCACAUGGUUCGACAACGAGUCACGCGCCACGGUGCAAUUCUUCCAUUGGCUGCGGAGUCAGAACUUCCUGGCUGUUGUAUGAAUGCUUCUAACAUCGGUGUAGCCACGGAGGGCACCGUGAAACGGUGGCAAGAGACCAGAGGACAAUGGGACAGCCGUUAUAUGUCAUCGAAAAUGAAAGUGCACAAGAAGAUUAUCAAGGACAUGGCGACAGGAUUCCAAGACUUUGGAGCGGGGGAGAACCCCCCACCCACAGCCCUCGCCGGCAGACGGUUAAUCGAAUCAGACACUAUCGAGAAGAAGAAAACCAGGAGCAUGGGCCUAGCGCUUUGGUCAUUUUGGGGAUCCAAGCAUGACGAACUCACCGUUGAGCGCGAAAAGGAAGCUGAUAAGACACCCGAAUCCCAGGACGUGGACGUUGAUGAGGGACGAGGGGCAAGGCCUUAUCAAGACAUUGAAUCCCAACAACUCGAAUCUUCAAGACUGGAUAUUGCAACCAGAAUUAGGUCUCGUCGCAGAACUGUCAUCGAUGAGCAUCAAACAGAGUAUUCUGGUGUGGACGAGAAUACACCUGUGGCACAGUUAAUUGAGCAACGCAAGGAGCAAGAAGCUACUCAUCCCGGACGACUGAGUCCCGACUACGCCCCUGAAACUGGAGUGGCAGGAAAGCGUCCGUAUAUAGACGGCAUUGCACUGCCGUUUAGCCUUAAGAAGGAUGCUGAAACAGCAAGCAUGGUAACAUUGACCUCAGCAAUGACACCUGCAGGAGAGGGGUCUCGUCCUAUGAGUCCACAGGAAUCUUUCGUGAAUUUAUCUGGUCCUCCAGAGUCGGAGGAUCAGGCGAGAGCCGAGCAGAUGCUAGCAGCCAGAACCACUGGGCCAGCCAUUGAGAACUCUGAAAGGGAUCAAGUUCCUCAGGUCAGGGAGCCAGAGCAGAGUAAGGAAGCAGAUGCUUCCAAGUAA